CACCAAUCGCCAACAACCAAGACGACCAGCCAGCAGCAGGACAAAGUUGAAGCGGAGAUGUUGUAUGCGGUGGUGGUGGUCGCCAUUGCGGCAUACCUCGCGUUUACGGCGAGCGUGCUGUAUCAAGUGGUUGUGCCGCAGCCCUGUGGUGGCCCCAACGCCCACUGUGUCACGCCCCACUUUGCCCAAGACCAGCUCCUGGAUAUUUACGUUUUUGUGAGCGCUGGGCCAAAGAAGAAGGUGACAACCGUGGAUGGGCUCAACAAGGCGGUGGCUCGCUUCACCAACGUUUCUCCAAACGCCGGAUUCUCCGAGGACGUUGUGUUCAGCCCUCCUCGUGCCAUAUUCAACAACGCCACCAUCUACUCGCACGUGUUCAUCACCAAGGCUGGUCAUAGCAUUGUGCCAGGAACACCGGGGUAUGACAAGGACAAUGUGCUGUAUGCGCGCUCGCCACUGACGCGACACCUCGUGCCGUUGGAACGCGGGAAGUUGCUCCUCAGCGGCGAAGACGACGCCGGCAACACAAGCGGUGAUACAGGGGCUGGUGAUGGUGCCAGUCACACGACAAGCCAAAAAGGACCACGUGGUGGUGGUGAUGAUGACAGCAGCGCGAGGAGCGAUGAUCACACGCCCCUGCAGCCGCAGAACCACCUGCGCGACCACGUCACGCUCAUGUAUGUGCCGGACGACACGGCGUACGAUAUCCGUGUUCUUCCUGUCCCGCUCAAGCUGGUCCGAUACAAGACAUAUCACCCCGUCGUCGACAUUGCCGACCUCCUCGUCUCCCGCAGAGACUGGCGGCCACUCGACGAUGCGGUGACGCGCGAUGAGAGCGGGCAGCGAGGCAACGCCACGUUCACCUUUACGUUCCGGCCAACGAGCAUAGGGCUGUACCGGCUGGUGAUCACAGUCAAUCAGGGACUGGGGCAACUCCGGCACACCCUCGGCUUCACAGACAAGGACAUUGAUGACGUGAAGGCGCUGUUCCUCAACAACAGCCUCUCUGUGCUCGGCAUCACGUAUGCUAUCACCAUCCUACACCUCAUCUUCGACUACCUCGCCUUCAAGAACGACAUUGGCUUCUGGCGCGGGCGCAAGCACUUUGCUGGGCUGUCGCGGCGCGCAGUGAUGUUCCAGUUUGCCUCCACCGUCAUCAUCUUUCUCUACCUCCUUGAUUCGCAGCAGACGUCGAUGAUCAUUCUGGGAGUGACCGGAUUUUCGGUCCUCGUUGAGGGCUGGAAGGCGAUGAAGGUCCUGCGACACCACACCACGGACAGCAGUGGCAGCAGCAGCAGCGUUGAUGACUCGUCUGAACCAUCGCUCGAGCUCAAGACGGACGAGUACGACGCGCUGGCCAUGCGAUAUCUCGGAUGGGCCCUUGCGCCGAUUGCCUUGGCGUUUGCCGCGUACUCGCUCGUGUACACGCCCCACAGGAGCUGGUACAGCUGGGCACUUGCAUCCCUCGCAAAAGGCGUGUAUGUGUUUGGGUUCAUCUUCAUGACGCCGCAGCUGUUCAUCAACUACAAACUCAAGUCUGUGGCGCACCUGCCCUGGCGUGCUCUCAUGUACAAGGCGUUCAACACGUUUAUCGACGAUGUGUUUUCAUUCAUCAUCGCCAUGCCCACCGCCCACCGCCUCGCCUGUCUGCGCGAUGACGUCGUCUUCAUCGUCUAUCUCUACCAGCGCUGGUUGUAUCCCGUGGACAAAUCCCGCGUGAAUGAAUUCGGGUUCAGUUACGAGCACACGCACGAAGAGAAGCACCAAACCGGCGGCGAUGGCGCUGAUGGUGGCAGUGGUGACGCUGCUGGUGAUGGUGGCGGUGACGGUAGUGGAAACGGUGCUGAUCGUGACAAUGAAGGUGGCGGUUAUGGUGGAGAAGUGUAUGGGCAGAGUGGUCAACGUGACGAUGACGAUGAAGGUGGUGCUUCUGGCGUGGCAUCAGAGGGGCAGAAGAAGAGGCUGAGACGACGCCACGUGGCAACACAAUAGCAACCGCCGUGUACUACUUUUGUGAUCGAAUACAAUAAACAGACCGUUUAGUCA